AUGGAUAUCAUCUUGGGCGUCAAGGUCCAGGACGCAACACUUAUUGCCACGUCAAAGGCAUUCACCAGAGGAAUCUCGGUUUUGAAAGAUUCCGAUGACAAAACAAGAGCAUUGAACGCCCACAACUUAAUGGCCUUCACCGGUGAAUCAGGCGACACCGUCCAGUUUGCCGAAUACAUUCAAGCCAACAUCCAGCUAUACAGCAUGCGUGAAAACGACAUUGAGUUGCUGCCUCGUGCCACGGCAUCGUUUGUCAGAAACCAAUUGGCCACCUCCAUCAGAUCCAGAAAGCCUUACCAGGUGAAUGUCUUGUUGGGCGGUUACGACACGAAAACAAAGACGCCCAGCUUGAACUGGGUGGACUACUUGGGCACGCAAACAGAGUUGCCCUACGGUGCCCACGGCUAUGCUGCUUUCUACUGUGUGUCGCUUUUUGACCGCCACUACAGACCCGACAUGAGCGUGGACGAGGGUAAGGAGUUGUUGCGCAUGAGUUUGGCAGAAUUGCAAAAGAGAAUGCCCAUUGAGUUCAAGGGUGUUUACGUGAAGCAGGUGGACGGCGAGGGAAUCACCGAAGUGGAGCUCUAG